UUCGUGGCUCCAUUGACCGUGGGGGCGUCAAAUCGUGCGUGAGCCGUGAGCCAUUACGUAGCAUCGACUGCCCGCCCGCGGGCCUCUCCAGACUCCAGCACACGCCUCCGACUUUCGUGUCCCACUCCGCAUCGUCCAGCACGAGUGGAGAAACUGCAACACGAUCCCGACCAAUCAGGAAAACCGAUUCGAUCGUCCACCACCAGCUCCACUAGCACCUGAUCCCUGGGGCAAUAAGAAGUUAAGAACUGCUCCUGCCAGUUCAGUUGAGAUUGCGAUUUGAGGUGAGGAUUCGGUUGUGGAGUGGCGGAAGAGAGAUAAGGUGGGGGGGGGGGGCAGAGAUGGAGCAGAGCAAAGCGGAGUUCUUGGAGCAGUUCGGCAGGGACUACGGCUACCCGGACGCGCCCAGGGGCAUCGACGAGAUGCGCGCCACCGAGUUCAAGCGGCUGGAAGGGAUGGUGUACCUGGACCAUGCCGGUGCUACGCUGUACUCGGAGUCACAGAUGGCGGAUGUCGCCAAAGACCUUAUGUCGAAUGUCUAUGGGAAUCCUCAUAGUCAGAGCGAUUCAAGCAUGGCCACAAGCGACCUUGUUACUUCUGCGCGGCAUCAGGUCCUAAAAUACUUUAAUGCAUCUCCAAGAGACUACAAAUGUAUAUUUACCUCUGGGGCGACAGCAGCUCUGAAACUUGUUGGUGAAUGUUUUCCAUGGAGUAGAGACAGCUGUUACAUGUACACAAUGGAAAAUCAUAAUAGUGUGCUUGGGAUAAGGGAAUAUGCUCUAAGCAAAGGGGCCAACGUAUUGGCAGUUGAUGUUACAGAGGCUGUUCAUCCAUCAAUGAACCAUGGAAGUGAUAGUUUGUUUAAGAUCUCAAGACACUCAAACCAAAGAAGAGGUGAUGAUGUGCUUUUGCACAAUUACCAGAGUGGAAGCCCGACAGCUAUUUCAGGAAACAAUUUAAAUCUAUUUGCAUUCCCUUCAGAGUGCAAUUUCUCAGGACACAAAUUAAAUCUCAGCUUGGUCAAGUUCAUCAAGGAAGGAAGAUUUAUGGGUUUCCCAUCACAGCAACAGGGUCAGUGGUUGGUCCUGAUAGAUGCUGCAAAAGGAUGUACAAAUGAACCACCAAAUUUAACUGUGUAUCCUGCUGAUUUUGUUGUCUGUUCAUUCUAUAAGAUAUUUGGCUAUCCAACUGGUCUUGGUGCCCUAAUUGUAAAAAAUGAGGCUGCUAGUUUGCUAAACAAAACAUACUUCAGUGGAGGAACGGUAGCUGCUUCAAUUGCUGACAUCGAUUUCGUUCAGAGAAGAAAGAGCAUUGAACAAGUCCUUGAGGAUGGAACAAUCUCAUUCUUGAGCAUAUCUUCUCUUCGAUAUGGGUUUAAGAUGAUUGAUAUGCUAACUGUCUCAGCUAUUGCGCGGCAUACUGCAUCUCUUGCUACUUACGUGAGAAAGAAAAUGCUGGACUUGAAGCACAGCAAUGAGAAAAAUGUUUGCAUAAUCUAUGGACAACAAGCUUCUAAGGUGAAAGAUCUGAAGAUGGGUCCUACAAUCACAUUCAAUUUGAAAAGAGAAGAUGGCACCUGGUUUGGAUACCGUGAGGUGGAGAAGCUUGCCUCCUUGUCAGGGAUUCAUUUGCGUACGGGCUGCUUCUGUAACCCUGGUGCUUGUGCUAAGUAUCUUGGCUUGUCGCACUCAGAUCUAGUUUCUAAUUUUGAGGCUGGGCAUGUUUGUUGGGAUGAUAAUGACAUAAUAAAUGGAAAACCAACCGGUGCUGUCAGGAUAUCAUUUGGCUAUAUGUCCACAUAUGAAGAAGCAGAGGAAUUUCUGAAGUUCCUGCAGUCAUCUUUUGUGUCCAAAGCAAUAGAAUUGAACAAUGGCUACAUGUUGAAUAUGAAUACUCUUAAUUUAAUAGAUGGUUGGAGCCAACAAGCUGUUUCAGAUAUCCGCUUAAAAUCCAUAACUAUUUAUCCUGUGAAAUCUUGCCAAGGAUUUAGUGUGCAGGGUUGGCCACUGACAACUGGUGGUUUAAAAUAUGAUAGAGAAUGGCUUCUCCAAGGAUUAGGUGGUGAAAUUUUGACACAAAAGAAGGUGCCAGAUUUGAGCUCUAUCUGCACAUUGAUUGACCUGGAACUUGGGAAACUCUUCAUAGAGUCGCCAAAAUGCAAGGAUAAAUUACAAAUCUCUCUUCUAGAGAAUUUGACUCAUCUAAGUGCAGAAGUAGAUGUAUAUGGUCAAAGGUAUGAGGUACAAAGUUACGAUGACAAGGUAAACACCUGGUUCAGUGAAGCUAUUGGACGCCCUUGUACCUUUAUGAGAUGCUCAAGCUCCAAGUACCGUUCCUGCACAAUUACUGGCAGGAGAGAUCGCCUAUGUAGGGACACUCGAAGCAAACUUAGUUUUGUCAAUGAAGGACAACUGCUUCUAAUAUCCGAAGAGAGCAUCUCUGACCUCAACAGCCGGCUAAGUUCAAGUAAUGGAAAUGGUAAGCAGCAGGUGGUUGUUGAUGCAAUGAGAUUUCGUCCAAACAUUGUUAUCUCUGGAUCAACACCAUACAAUGAGGAUAACUGGAAAAGGCUUCACAUCGGGGAGGCCUCUUUUACUUCCAUGGGAGGAUGCAACCGUUGUCAGAUGAUCAACAUAUAUCAGAAUUCAGGGCAGGUGAUGAAGUCAAAGGAACCACUGGCAACUUUAGCAUCGUAUAGACGACAAAAGGGUAAGAUUUUGUUUGGCGUCCUGUUGAACUAUGAAGACGGCAUGGAAGGAGAUGAUGAUACCGUUGCAGAGAGAUGGCUCCAAACAGGCCAGCAGGUGUAUACAUCGACAGAAUGACUUUGUGUACAACUAUGAACCCAGCAGUUUUACUUGCAUCAGAAGCGGAUGGGUAACAGUUGUUCCAAAUACGUAAAAAUAGAGAGAUUUUCAGAUAUACCAUGUAUGUAAUAUUUUUGUUUUUCAUGCCUGUAUGUAACACAUAAGGGCGUGAGGCAUGUGUUCAGACCAAAAAAAAAAAAAAAAGAAAAGAAAAGGGAAGAAGAGAUAUGUAUAGUCAGAAAUGGUUCCGAUUUGGUAGUUCCUCGGUACCAGUCUUUGCUUGCAGCGUGAAAUAACAAUGUACCAGCGGUAUUUGCAUGUUGUACCCUUGGUACAGAACUGAAUAUACGAAAAUACGGUCUGAGAUUGUGUCUUGCUCUA